GGUUGGGGGGCAGCAUCCCCAUGGCACUGCCAGUUUUAGGGUGGGUUAGAAAGGCCCUAACUUAGAUGGGGGCACAGGCCUCGACAGCCAGGGGCCCCUAUUGGCCAACUCCAGUCCUGAAGUGAAUGUAAGGGGAAGUAAAUGUUAAUAAUGACUUUACUCUGCGGCUGCCAGUGGGAUAAGGAGAAUAAGCCAUGGGCAUUGAGAUGUAUGGGGCCCGGGGUUAAUAAUAAUAAUAAUAAUAAUAUGUACUAUCCAUUAUUUAGCCCUAGGGCCACAAAUGUGCCUCCUGUGCCCGCCCCUGCCCGGUAACUACAAUGCUUGGUGCCAAUGUUACUAAUAGGGAAUAAUCAUAAAAAUAUAGGAAGGCCAGAAAAGGUAGGUCAGUAAUUACAGCAGUGCCCCCCAGUGCAGAAAUGUAUACAGUAAGGAUCCUCAGUAACUGAUACCGUAUUUAUACAAAGAGAGGGGCACUGAUUAUCUGACACGAUAUGAUCACUGAUUCCAAUUAGUUAUUUCAGAAAUAUCAUUUUCCUUUUUAAUUUCCCCCCCGCAGUGUAAAUGGAGCCGCCUCAACCUUCCAGUGACGUCCCACUUAAUGUCUUCGAUAGCGUCGACGCUCCAGGAGAAAUAAAGAAAUUUAUCCAGGCAAAUGCGAAAAAUGACCCCAAAUUCCAAGACCUGCAGACGUUCCUGAUUGAUUGGAUCAAUGCCGAACUGAAGGAGGAGCACAUUGUGGUGAAGAGCGUGGAAGAGGAUCUCUACGAUGGACUUGUUCUUCACCAUCUUCUCAAAAAAAUUGCCGGGAUGAAAUUGGAGGUGGAGGAAAUUGCCCUGUCGGCCAGCAGCCAGAAGCGCAAGUUGGGGGUCAUUAUGGAGGCCAUUACCCAGAGUCUCCAGCUGCAGGAGACUGACCUGAAAUGGAGCCUAAAUGAGAUCCACAACAAGGACUUACUGUGCACGUUGCACCUCAUUGUGGCCCUGGCUCAGCACUUCCGGCCGGACUUGGAGCUUCCUGCUAACGUGGGAGUCGAAGUGAUCAGGGUGGAGCCGACCCGAAAUGGAAUGAAGACCGAGAAUGUUAUUGAAUUUAUUACCGGCAGCAGGGACGGAGACGCCAAAUCAAAGCCCGACGCGUUUGAUCACCUGUUUGAGCAGAGUCCCGAAAAAGUCGAGGAUGUGAAGAAGGCAAUCGUAAACUUUGUGAACAAGCACCUGGCAAACCUGAGCCUGACUGUGACGGACCCCGAGAGCCAGUUUGCUGAUGGCGUAAUCCUCCUGCUUCUCAUUGGGCAACUGGAGGGCUAUUUCAUGAACCUGGGCUCCUUCUUCCUGACUCCCAGCACCCAGGAAGACAAGGUCCAUAACGUCUCGUUGGCCAUGGAGCUGCUUUUGGAGGGAGGGAUCAUACAGAACCCUAUGGACCCUGCAGAUAUUGUCAACGGAGACCUAAAAGCGACUCUGCGCCUCCUGUAUGGCCUGUUCCUGAGGCACAAACGCAGGUAGAACCGGUACCAAAUGGAUCCAGCGCCGGCGCCUGUUCUGUAUUUACUGCAAUAAAUCAUUUUAUAACAAA